AGGUUUAAAGACGUACAGCGCACGCGGUGGCUCCUCAUUUCCUGGUUGAAGAUGGCGGAUGAGAAUGAGACAGCACCGCUGCCGGAGAAAGAAGAUGUAGAGGACCACGGACACUGCAGCGACUGUGAAAAUGAAGAGCACCACUUUGACGAUGGUGACAGGGGUCUGGGUGAUGACACUGGCGCCAAGAAGAAGAAAAAGAAGCAGAAAAAGAAGAAGAAAUCUGGUGCCACAGAACCUGCCCAGGAUCCCCUAGCCAAGGUGAAUUCAUUGCCAGCUGAUAAGCUACAGGAGAUCCAAAAGGCCAUUGAGCUGUUCUCUGUUGGCCAAGGUCCAGCCAAAACCAUGGAGGAGGCGACUCGAAGGAGUUAUCAGUUCUGGGACACACAACCUGUACCCAAGCUAGGUGAGACUGUGACAUCACACGGCUCCAUUGAACCUGACAAAGACCACAUUCGAGAGGAGCCAUACAGCCUCCCACAGGGCUUCAGCUGGGAUACCCUCGACCUGGGGAACGCUGCUGUGCUCAAAGAGCUCUACACCCUUCUCAAUGAGAACUAUGUGGAAGAUGAUGACAACAUGUUCAGAUUUGACUACUCUCCUGAGUUCUUGCUUUGGGCUCUGCGGCCCCCUGGCUGGUUGCCUCAGUGGCAUUGUGGAGUGAGGGUUAACUCCAACCAGAAGCUGGUUGGCUUCAUCAGUGCCAUUCCUGCCACCAUCCAGAUCUAUGACAUAGACAAGAAAAUGGUUGAGAUUAAUUUCCUGUGCGUCCACAAGAAGCUUCGCUCCAAGCGAGUCGCUCCAGUUCUGAUCAGAGAGAUCACCAGACGGGUCAACCUGCAGGGCAUCUUCCAGGCAGUGUACACUGCUGGAGUGGUACUGCCUAAACCUGUGGGCACGUGCAGGUACUGGCAUCGGUCUCUGAACCCACGCAAACUAAUCGAGGUGAAGUUCUCCCAUCUGAGCAGGAACAUGACUAUGCAGCGCACCAUGAAGUUGUACCGCUUGCCUGAGGCCCCGAAGACUUCUGGUCUGCGGCCGAUGACCAAGAAGGAUGUGCCAGUGGUGCAUCGCCUCCUCCGUGAGUACUUGAGCCAGUUCAACCUGGCGCCCGUCAUGAACCAGGAAGAGGUGGCGCACUGGUUGCUGCCUCGGGAGAACAUUAUCGACACUUACCUGGUGGAGAACGACGGCAAAGUGACGGAUUUCCUGAGUUUCUACACACUGCCCUCUACUAUAAUGAAUCACCCUGUGCACCGUAGUCUAAAAGCAGCGUACUCCUUCUACAACGUGCACACCACCACCCCCCUGCUCGACCUGAUGUCCGACGCCCUCAUUCUGGCCAAAUCGAAAGGAUUUGAUGUCUUUAAUGCACUGGAUCUAAUGGAAAACAAGACUUUCUUGGAGAAGCUUAAGUUCGGCAUCGGUGACGGGAAUCUACAGUAUUACCUGUACAAUUGGAAGUGUCCCAGCAUGGGGUCAGAAAAGGUCGGGUUGGUUCUGCAGUGACGUCCUUAAAAGCCCUAAGCAAGUGUCACCAACAGACCAGGAGACCGCACUGAACACCUGACAGAUGGACUGAUGACUUCCUGCUUUAGGAAAGGAAAACCACCGCCCAUUUUUACUUUUUGACCUUUUGAACUUUGACCUGCACUACUGCUGCCAGGCAGGGAGGCAGGAAGAGUAUUCAGCUCUUCCUCCUCCCUCGAUCACGCGGACCUUAAGCCAUUGUAGUUACCAUCCAAAACAACUGUAUUACAUCUGAAAGCUGUCUUGAUUGUACCAAACACACUUACACACAAGAACAGUUUGCACAGAUUUCUGGAUACCAAACAUUCACUGUUGGCAUACCCACACAACAUACAUUACAUGUAAAUAUGUGAAACAUCAGAGCUGCGGAUUAUGCCCUAACACCAACAGACUAGAACCUACUGUUUCAUUUUAUUCCUAAAUGUCAGAAGUUCUUUUUGCAAUUAAAAUAAAACUGUCAUCCUUACAUUUUAGAGAUAAAAAAGGAAAAUGAUCGAAAAAUAUUUUAAAUGAGGAAAAGGCUCAAAAAGAUGAGGUAAUAAAUACCAAACGUGGACACAAGAAAAAGGGCUUCUGUUAAGAGUUUUCUUGUCAAGCUUGACACCGUGUCUUUUUUUUUUAUUUUGCUCAUCACCCUCUGUUCUAGCUGUCAUGGAGAGUUUACGUUCAUCUCCUGGAGUCGCUCUCAUCUAUAUUAGUUUUCAUCAACCUCCUCCCCAGCUUGCUGCACUAACAAAAGAAACCUUACAACACAGGCUGAUUAGGCGUAAGUUGGAGACAAGAAUCCCUUCUGAUAAGGUGGGACUGCUUCAGACAGUCUGACCGCAUUCUGCCAUGUUGACUAGACACAUCAGCAGUGAUAAGAUUUACUACAGCAGAUCUUGAUUUAAUUGGGCCUCAGUUGCACCGUCUAUUCUUAUGAUCCCACUAACGUUGACUUAUAUUCCCAAAAACUCUUCAAGGCCUCAGGGGAAAAUCAGAAAUCCAAAGGAUGUGAGGUCUUUUUUUUAAAGACUUUUCGAGCUCAUUAUUUCUUAAUGGAAUCAUACAGGAUGGAUUUAUGGAAUAAAAACAUCAAGCCAUAUAGUAACUUAAACAGUUGGCGGCAUGUUUGAUUAUUUGCUGUAUAAAUGCAUGGUUGUGGUGGGGUUUCUCCGAACUGAUGAAAUAACAUCAUUAAUAACAUGCAACAAGUCCACGUGAAAUAUUUCACCCAAUUCAGCAUAUUGAGUCUGAUCAUACAGGUGCCAUCAGUAGGUGAAGGUUCCAGGUGGAUGUUGGAGCUGGAGCCGUGAACAGCAGUCUACACAGGAUGAUGAUCCCUGGGGAAAUGUCCCAAACAAAGUGUUUCUUAUGUAUAAUGUUGGUUCUGUUUUCGAACAGUGGUUUAAAAAAAAAAAAAAAAUGGAUCUGCGGUGAUGAUGCAGGAAGUGAAUGUGAAGAUGCAAGUGAUUUUUUUGUUUUUCUUUUGAGAAAAUAAAAAUAAAAUCUAGAAGUUGG